AUGAAAUACACCAAAUGCAACUUUGCGAUGUCGGUCUUUGGCAUUAUGAUCUAUUUAACUGACUUGGUUGCAGACAUCCUCCUGUCUGUUAGGUAUUUCCAUGAUGGACAAUAUGUAUUUGGUGUUUUAACAUUAAGCUUUGUGCUUUGUGGAACACUCAUAGUCCAGUGUUUUAGCUACUCAUGGCUGAAGGAUGAUUUAAAGAAAGUAGGACAAGAAAGCGAGCAUUAUUUUCUUCUACUUCAUUGCUUGCAAGGAGGAGUUUUUACAAGGUAUUGGUUUGCCUUGAGAAAGGGUUACCAUGUGGUUUUCAAACACAGCAGCAGAACAAGGAGUUUUAUGGAGGGACAAACGGAUCCUCACAAAGAGGCUAUAGACGCAGCCACCGAUUUGAGCAUGCUCAGGCUGUUUGAGACCUACCUGGAAGGCUGCCCACAGCUCAUUCUUCAGCUCUACGCCUUUCUGGAGCGUGGCCAGGCAAACUUAAGUCAGUAUGCAGUCAUCAUGAUUUCCUGCUGUGCUAUUUCUUGGUCAACAGUUGAUUAUCAAGUAGCUUUAAGGAAAUCAUUGCCUGAUAAAAAUCUGCUCAGUGGACUCUGCCCCAAACUCACAUAUCUCUUUUAUAAGUUGUUUACCUUGUUAUCAUGGGCGCUGAGUGUUGUACUACUGCUGUUCAUGGACGUGAAGGUGGCUUUGUUUCUGUUGUUAUUUCUUUGGAUCAUAGGUUUCGUUUGGGCAUUUAUACAGCAAACACAGUUUUGUAAUUCUCUAAGUAUGGAAUUCUUAUAUAGGAUUGUUGUUGGGUUCAUCCUUGUGUUUACAUUUUUUAAUAUCAAGGGACAGAAUACCAAAUGUCCAAUGUCUUGCUAUUAUAUUGUAAGGGUGCUAGGCACCCUGGGAAUCCUGACUGUGUUCUGGGCUUUCCCUCUCUCUAUUUUUAAUUCCGACUAUUUUAUUCCUAUCAGUGCCACCGUAAUUCUUGCUCUUCUCCUUGGGAUUAUUUUUCUUACUGUUUAUUAUGGAACUUUUCACCCAAACAGAAAUGCAGAAACACAGUACGAUGAAACUGAUAGAAACUCAGCACAGAGGGAUUGUAGAAUAAGAUAUUUUCUAAUGGACUAAGUUACGAACUUAUGAGAAAUGUUUUAUUUUUGU